AUGGAACAUAACUCGGAGAAAUAUGGUGGUUGUGGGGUUUUGGGGAUAGAUACAAGCACCGCGCAGUAUCCCGCAAUGGGGCUGCAAACGGAAGUAAAGUCUGAGGACGAUGAUACCUUUCGCGCGUUGAGUUGGUCGAGCCUAGGUGAAGCUGUGGAUUUGAACGAAGGCUUCACGCCAGCAUCAUUGGAUCUCUCCGUAAAUUGCGCGAAGGGGUUUUCAUCAUCCGUGUUCCAUCUUCAAAAUAGUUCGAAUUGUGAUACAUCGGUGGCAUCGUCAUCAUUGAAGAUAAGCCAGACUGAGAACUCAGCCGAAGAUUGUCCCGAGGCCAAGUUUGUUCCACCUCCAUCCAAGGAAACCCCACAUCUGAAAUUUUCAAUUGCGUCUCUUGGACUCGAAGGACUUCUGACUCCAGCUUCAUCGUCCUCAUCCUCGCAACCAUCGUCCGUCGCGUCUAGUGCGGAGGCCUUAGAUGGACGUCCUCUUUCGCCGGCGAAACGCUCAACGCGAUAUUUCAUGCCUCCUGCGAACGUACCCUUAUCUCUUCCCUUAGAUCUCACGACGUCUCCGUACCCUUUCAGUGCGGUGGUGCCGACGCCAAUUUGGGGUUGUUUCCUGAAUGGAACAAAGAUACGGUUUGGAAAUGGAGAUGAGGGUCCUUGGAUCUCAGUUGAAGACUUGGGGAGACGGUACAAAGAAGAGCCAUUGACACCCGUCGGUUCUCCCUAUUGUGAUUCUGCUCGAUGCCCGUUGUUCGUUCAGAAGAUAGAACGCGUUGCUAAUCAAAGCGAUCUCACUUACGCCGUUAUUCGAUUCAGAAUUUCUGAUAUUGGAACUGUCUCGUCUUUCACGGCUGCGUGUGCAAUUGAUCACCCUUUUUUCGUCCGUGACUCUGGAUGGUCGUCGGUGUUCCCUGAAAUGAUGACAAAUAAUUACGGCAUGCCCUGUAGGGAGUUGACAGUGGGCGAUGUUGUCAUUCAGCCGAUUUCGUCGACUCCAUCUCCCGGUCCAAAAUCCAGCGGCAUAUUAUCAGCUCAGCCACCUGAAUGCCACACGUCGUUAACACCUGAUCUCGAAACCCGACUGAAAGUGUACGGAAUCUUGUUUACGUUUCCUCCGCCGCCGAACAUGUGCACAUCCGAGACUUUAUCCAUGCCUUCAUCCCCGUACCUGAUGACAGGAUCUCACGCACAACUGCCGACUCCCCAUUCUCCUUUUCCUCGUGGGUUGUUGUUACAUUCUCAUCGUCCAGGACCGAGCAGUGUUCCUUCUCCAAGCUACCACGUCCCGCAUCAUCUGGGUGCCUUCUCGUCGCCAAGCACCAUGCACUCGUCUGCCCUUAUCUCUCCUAUGGGGUUUCCCACCUUGUCCAGUUCCAGUGACUUGUUGAUGCUGUCACCACCCGAGUCGCCCAGUAUCCGCCACGGUAUAGGUGCUCCUCUGGAAAUAGAUCGCACACGUCGCCCGAUGAACGGGUUUAUGCUUUUUGCGAAGUACUUUCGGCAAGAGAUGAUCCAAGCUAAUCCAGGGAAAGACAACAGAUCUAUCAGCAUUUUGUUGGGAGAUGCGUGGAAACGACUGACUGUUGCGCAAAGGGAGGAGUAUUCAAUGUGCGCCCGCGAAAUGGCCGAAGAGUAUAAGCAAGCUCACCCGGACUGCUGGAAGCGGAAAAGGACUAAAGUUAAGCAGCCGAAAUCCGUGGGGCAAUGAAUCAAGUCUGGAUGCAUGCUGUGGUUUCCUUCGAAUUAUGUGUUUUUGAAGGUGUUGUGCGUUAGAGUGUUACGCUGAACCGGAAAGCUUGAAUUAUGGGUGUAAUUCAAUUUGUUGGUGCAUUAUCAAGUGCAAAGGAAUACUGAAACGUUCUUUCGGUUUGAUCUGAACGAGUAUGUCGGUGUCAUGAAGUCCCUACGAAUGUAAGGGUCAAGAGUUUUUUUUUUACUGUUUUUGAUCCUUGUUUCAAGUGCCAUGGCAAUGUCUCAUGGGGAUUUUUUUGAUGGGUUCUUUUUGGUCAGUGGAUCGAUGUACGCUGCAUGCGUCUUUCAUGUGCAUUGAUCUGGCCCAGGUCAGGGAGGGGUUAAUUCGGGAGUGUUCAUUUGAUGUGCAGUUGGGUAUAUCCUGACUGUGCUCAUUUUGUUGACUUAUGGGAAGAGACGCUGGGACUGUCGGAGUAGCUGAGUGGAUAUGUGCCUUUUCAAACUUUCGUGAUUGAUUUUUUUUACACGUGCCUUGUCAGCGGUGGAAAUCGAAGGGGAUUUUUUGACUGUAUAAUUUGCUAGCUCAAGCUGUGUCGCAUUUGUGCCUUCCCCAAUUACCCUGCAUGAUGCAUGAUUCCGGAGAAAAGUUUUUGUAACCCCCGAGCACUUGGUGUAAGAUUGCGGAGCUACUUGGAAAUAUAAAAUAUUUAAGGAAUGCAAUCCUGCACUCCAAGUUAGUGGUUUUGAAUAUCAUCCGAAAGGUGGAGGGGAUAGAUUUCCCUUCUUCGUGGUUGUGGAUAAAGUCAAGCUUGUGCUCUGCUUGAAUAUUUCCCGAUGAAUGUUUUAUUUUUUAUUGGAAUUGGUCGUUCAAACUAGUUGCGUUUACGAACAGCUUCAUUCCAGACGGCACAGAGAGUUUUCAGUAUAUUUAUCUGUGAAGCAUGUUCUUGUACCCCAUGUGCUGACUCGUGCCUUGUUAAUGGCUUCGUACGAAGAGUUUUCGUGCGAUCCUUGCUUUGCCCUAAAGAAGUGACGUAUUCCCGUGUGCUAUGUUUACCAUAUUGCUGUUAAUCCCUUGAUGUUGAUCUCGGCCAUGUUUUGAGAUGCCGCUGCGGUGGUUGAAUGAGAUCAUUGCGCGUCCGGAUUGACCAUUUUUGUGAUGUUGGCUGUCGCAUGCAGAAUUCCACAUUGUUAUUCUUCGUUCCUCAGUCCAAAUCUUAGUUUUCCGGAGCUAUCCUUGAAGAAAUGGUUAUAAUGUACAGAUGUCCCCGUUUCACACAGAUUCCUGUGACAAGAGCGUAUCUUUUUCUCUUUGUUUUGUAAAUGGCAUUUUAUACGCAUAUUUUUAUUCCCGAAAAUAUCCGCGAAGCAUGAUUAAGUUCUCGCUUAUCUGAGCUCAGUACUACCGAUCCUCACGUCUUCCUGUGGUUCACUGUGAUAGUCACGUGAAAGCAAUGGAGGAUGGGAAUUGGUUGAUUAACAUCAAGCAUUUUGCUUUGGAAUCCGAUUUGAGCAAACAAGGACACGGUCAAAAUUUAAGUUGAGGAAUUGUGAAGAAGUGGGAUCGUGAAUUCGCUGUGUUGGAACAUUUUUCAAAAAAAGAAAUCUUCACAGCUUAUGAUAAUGUGCGCGUGUCGGUUGGAAGUGUACCUUUUGGGUGCUGAUUCCUGCCGCGGCACUCUUUUUGUGAGAUCUCAAAUGUAUGUCCCGGAACGAAAGCUCGAUGAUUGUGUUUUGCUGUUGAAGGCGUGGCCGUGAAACAGGGAUAUGAAUGGCGAAUUUUUCAUGAAUCGCUCUUCGAAGAGCGUGGAAAUUGGGAUGUUGAUUUGGAUCUCUGGCUAACGGUUGGGAUUCGAUUUUGCUGGUUGUGCUUGUCUCGAAGCGAUUUUGAGCUGAUCUGCUGUUUCCGAUUUCGAUGUAUUUUUGUGUCAAAAAUUCUGCAUGUUCAGUGUUGGUUUCUGUCAGGAGUCACUCGAUGUUGGUGUAUUCUCUUAGAUCUAGCUAGCUGUACAAUGUUUUAUGUGCUUUUACUGUUUUCAUGUGCUUUUACUGUUUUCAUGUGCUUUUAUUGUUUUCAUGUGCUUUUGCCGUCAUUUUCGUGUAUUCGCGAUGUGUAUUAUCGCUCGAUGUUCUGAGGUGUAAUGUGUUCUCGCCGUUACGUUUCAUUUGACUUCGAUUAAAUUUGUAAGGCAAUCCGUUGAAGGGAUGUGUCGAGAAAAUCGGCCCUCUUUUCCCCGCGUUGUCCUUCGUGUUCUCAGACGUUGCUUCUGACCUUGAGUGUUCGGUUUCUGCGGUCUAUCAGAUUCUUUCCUGAAAGCCAUUCGCGUAGUUGUGAAGUGCAGACUCAGUGGUACUGAGAAGUCGUAUCGUAUUUUUUUCAUUCGUUGCUUCGCCCCUUUUUGGAAGUUUCCUAGAAAUUACUCUUCACAUUUUUCAAUUGAAUGAUACCGAGAUGAAAGCUAUGGUAUUCUUCAGUUCCAGACAUUCGUCGAAUGAAAGUCCUGUAUCCUUGGAUUACCGAAAAAAUCAAUGUACCCAGCAUCCUUGGAUUGUACUUCUCACAAUUCAGGUUACUGUUGACUCGGUUGGACAACGAGGUCAAAUUACUUGUAUAUCUUGGGAAUGUAAGGUGUUCUCAAGCUAGCUGUUUCACCAUAUGGCACGGAACAAGCAGCUGCAUGUUCUUUGAAAUUCGAGGGGCAUGAUGGGAAAGCGUAUUCAUGGAGAAAUUCGAGCCCGAGGGAAAGUGAAUAACGAGCACAAAUUUUCUUUGUUCGCCUUCGACUAAACAAGUAAUUUGUACCUGAUCCACGUUGAGCUCCUUGUAUUUCACUGAUGUCGCGGCGGAAAAUUUCAUUAAGCGUCGUCACUUCGCCGAUGCCUUUCACGCCGACCGGGUUUUAUGUGUUCCUUACUGUCGUAAAUCACUGGUUGACAGCGUCGCAGAUUCCCGUGAUCCGCAUACUUUUAAGCCCGCGUUAUUGUGGAUGAGAAAACACGAAGCAGCUUCUGCUUGAUCUUGCUGGUGGCUGAUGAACCCGUGCCUUCCUGCAAUUUCCUUUCGGUCUCCACGGUUCCAUCUGCUUCCUAUAUGAAGCCUGUCUGCGUCGAUAAUAAUUUAGAUUUUAGGGUAUUCUGCAUCUUUUCCGAAUUUCUACGUUUUUUGUAUAAUUCUCUGAAAAAUCC